AGAGCAGCUCGUCUUUUCUUGCGACCCCUAUCUGUUCCACCGCUCUCCAGACCGAGCUCUGUAAAGUUUUCCAGUCUGAGAAGAGCAAGGACAAGAAUAGCGAGGACGCAGACAAGUGGAACCCAGACCGGUACCAUCUUUGCGCGGACCUCCUCCACCAUGGCGGCAACGGCAGCGCAUACAAACGACCUCAUACACGCCUCGUCGCCGUACCUGCUGCAACAUGCCCACAACCCUGUGCAGUGGAUUCCUUGGUCGCAAGAUGCCAUUGCGCGGGCCAAAAGAGAGGACAAGAUGAUCUUCUUGAGCAUCGGCUACAUGUCCUGUCACUGGUGCCACGUCAUGGCACAUGAAUCUUUCGAGGACGAAACGGUCGCCAAGGCCCUCAACGAGGAUUUCGUUUGCGUAAAGGUUGAUCGCGAGGAACGACCAGACGUUGAUUCGGCUUACAUGGCCUUUGUCCAGGCCACCUCGGGACGUGGCGGUUGGCCACUCUCGGCUUUUCUCACUUCGGACGGCGAGCCUCUCUUUGGUGGGACGUACUUUCCACCUCCGAUGUUCACCGAGCUGAUCGAAAAGCUGGUCGGCCUCUGGCGCGACGAGCGGGAAAAAUGUCUAAGGAGUGCCGGGGACAUUGCCGAUCAGCUUAGGGCCAUGUCACGGAGCGGCGUUUCAGGCACGGGAUGGCAAGACUUGCCCGACGUGGCUGUGGUCCAAAAGGCCGUCAAUCAUUGGCUCCUGUCGUAUGACUCACGCAAUGGCGGUUUCGGUGAUGCGCCAAAGUUCCCGUCGCCUCCCAAUACGUUUCAUCUGCUCCAUCGCUAUGCUGUCGCCAGCUCAUCGGAUGUGCUGGCCGCGGCAGGUGCAGGUGUGGCUCAAGGCAGCAAGGCUCUUCAAUCAUCCGUCUCGACGCUGGCCCGUAUUGCUCGAGGCGGUAUCACCGAUCAGCUCGGCGGUGGUGUGGCUCGAUACAGUGUCGAUGACGAAUGGAAGGUCCCACACUUUGAGAAAAUGCUCUACGAUCAAGGCCAACUCCUACAGUGCUUCGUCGAAGCUAUUCAGCUGACGUCUUCGUCGGAUGCCGAGCUGACCCGGGAGCUCAAGGCGACCGUAAAGGGAAUCAUCGACUACCUCGAGCGAGACCUUUCUCAUCCCGAAGGUGCUCUCUAUGCAGCCGAAGACGCAGACAGCCUUCCGACGCCUUCCGACGACCACGCCAAGGAAGGGGCUUUCUACGUUUGGCAAGCCUCAGAGGUCGAAGGCGUGCUGGGCAAGGAGACCCCGGAGCUCAAGGUCGCCAUGGCCCAGUGGAACAUCAAGCUGGACGGCAACAUCGACCCCCGUAGCGACCCUCAUGGCGACCUCGUCGGCAUGAAUAUGCUCCAUGGCACAGCUAGCAUUGAUACGAUCGCAGUGCAGCUGGGCCUAUCCAGGGACGAAGCAGCUGCCCAUCUUGAGGAAGCACGUCGGAAGCUUUUCUCAAGGAGGCUGCAAAGACCGAGACCGCAGCGUGACGACAAGGUCAUUACUGCGUGGAAUUUCUUGGCCAUCAGCGGCCUUUGCAAGGCCAGCGAGGUCCUCUCGGCAGAGGAGGGUGGUCAAAGGGCCCUCGAGAUGGCAAAACGGGCGGCUGCCUUUGUCUUGUCGAAGAUGUGGGAUGGCAAAGUUCUCCAUCGGAGCUGGAGAGAGGGUAAGCUUGGGCCGGAAGGCUUCGACGUCGAUUACGCCUUUGCUGUUCAAGGACUGUUAGAUCUGUACGAAGCAACUUUUGAUCCAUCGUAUUUGCAUCAAGCGUUGGCGCUACAACGGUCCCUCGACGAGCAUUUCUGGGAUGCAGAAGGGCCCGGCGGCUAUCUCAUCUCGGCUUCGCACACCGACGGCAACAUCCUCGGCCGCCAGCGAGGAGACCAAGACGGCGCAGAACCAACGAGUAGCAGCGUCUCCGCACACAACCUCUUGAGGCUCUCCUGGCUCAUCAGCGAUCUAGAUCAGCGCCUCGGCAUCGACGCAAAGGAAAGAAUCGCAAAGUGCAUCGCGUCGAGCAGCUUGCUGCUUCAGAGAGCCCCCCAUGCCAUUGGAACGAGGAUGACGGCGUGCUUGCACGCGAGGCUGGGCCCUGUACAAGUCCUAGUGGUGGGGCCCAAAGACGCCGAGGAGACCAAGGCGCUCAUCACGGCGGUUCGGAAGAGAUUCUUGCCAAGGAGGGCACUUGUUCUCGUCGACACGACCAAAGGUGCACAGGGAGCCGAGAAUGAACUUGGCGAAGAGCUGGCGCAGGGAAACGAUGCCGUCAAGACGACAUUGGCAGGCCUGAAGGAGGGCUCUUAUGCGACAAUUUGCAGUGACUUUACAUGCGGUCUGCCCAUCACGAGUCCUGAUGAACUGGAUUCGCAACUUGUCAAAUAUUAGACUCAUGGAUUGUAAUUGCAAUUGAUGGAUGAUGCCCACCC